AUGUCUCAGUUGUCUAUUUGCAUCGCCGAAAAGCUUGCUACUUUACCAUCUACACCCUAUAAACCUUACCUGUUCAGAAUAAACGAUGCACUACGUAGAGAGAACAGUGAAGCAUACGAACCAGAAAUAGUAGCAAUUGGUCCUUAUCACCGCGGCAAAGUUAAGAUACAAAUGAUGGAAGAACACAAACUAUUGUACCUGCAAGAGUUGCUUAAACGGAGAAAUGAGUUGAGUGUGGAUAUGUAUGUCAUAGCCAUGCAAGAAUUGGAACAAAAAGCUAGAAAGUGUUAUGCUGAACCCAUUAAAAUGAACAGGGAUGAGUUUGUGGAAAUGAUGCUACUUGAUGGGUCCUUUAUAAUCGAGUUAUUUCGCAAGUUCUCUUGUGAAGAACAGGAACAGAUAGAUGACCCUAUUUUUCAAGCAAGUGUCAUUUGGCUGAAUAUACGCUGUGAUCUUUUGUUAUUUGAGAAUCAACUUCCAUUCUUUGUCCUCUCCAAGUUAUUUGACAUGAGCAAAGAUCCAAACCAUGGAGACCCACAAGAGAAUAUUUUAAUCUUAGCUCUCAGGUUUUUACUUGAUGCCAUUCCAGAUAUCUCGUAUUUCAGACAUGCUAAAAUGCCACAUAACAAUGUCAAUCAUCUUUUGGGUCUUGUACAUGAUACUUAUGCAAACCAAGAAACAGAAUGGAAUUUUAUAAAAUGUACCACAGAACUUAGAGAAGUUGGAAUUAAAUUCGAGAAGGCUACAGAAAGUUUCUCAUUGUUGGAUGUAAACUUCGAACAUGGAAAAAUGAAAAUCCCUCCUCUAAAUAUUGAAGAUGAUACAGAGGUCUUCUUCAGAAACCUGAUGGCAUUCGAGGAAUAUAAUGGGAGAACUGAACCAAAUUAUGUGAUUGAUUAUGCCAAGGUCAUCGAUUGCCUCAUCAAUUUCCCGAAGGAUGCUGAAAAACUUCACCAUUAUGGAAUUAUUGAUAACUGGUUAGGUGAUGAUAAAGUGGUUUCUACAUUGUUUAACAAAUUGGGCAAUCAAAUCAGCAUAAAUUCUGCGACGUUUUGCUACUUGAAAGUUUUCAACAAAGUGAACAAGCACUGCGAACGUCGUCGGCAUACAUGGAUGGCCAAAGUAAAGCAUAAUUAUUUCAAUAGCCCGUGGUCUACCAUUUCAGUGGUUGGGGCUGGUGUGUUGCUAAUACUCACUGCGAUACAAACUGUAUAUUCUAUCUUAUAA